AUGGAGAAAAAGAAACAGUGGAAUUCGAAAGAAUCUGAGGGUAUACAAAAAAUCCGAGAAGCUGAGAAACAGAGAAUCAAAGAAACAGAGAAACAGAAACAGAAAGACAAAGAAACAGAAUCAGAAAAGCAGAAAAACAAAAUAGUGGAGAAAUCUGACAGAAAACGAAAAGAAUACGAAAGAACACCAGAGAAUCCAAUAAAAUUCCGAGAAGAUCGUAGAGAAUUAGGAAGAAUCCGAACAAAUUUUGGGAAGAUCCAAGAGAGUCCGGAGGAAUACGAAAUAAUCUGCGACAAUACGAAAAAUUGCGAGAGAACACGAAAUAAUCUGAGAAAAACCGGUAGAAUUCGAAAGAAUCUGAGAAUAUACAAAAAAUCCGAGAAAGAGAUAAUAAUCAGAGAAACGGAGAAACAGAGAAACAGAAAAGCAGAGAAGAUAGAAACAGAAAAACAGAAAAACAAACAAAUGGAGAAACAAAUAAACAGAAGAACAAAUAAAUUGAGAAACAAACAAAGACAGAAACAGAGAAUCCUAGAUCCUACAGAAAACGAAAAGAAUAAGGAAAGAACACCAGAGAAUCCAAUCAAAUUCCGAACAGAUCGUAGAGAAUUAGAAAGAAUUCGACCAAAUUUUGAGAAGAUCCAAGAGAAUCCGGAGGAAUACGAAAGAAUCUGCAAGAACACAAAAAAAUCUGAGAAAUCACGAGAAUCCAGAAUAAUCCGAAAGAAUCCUGAAGUAAUUCUGGAGAAUUUGAAAGAACACGAAAAGAAUCUGGAAGAAUACAAGAUAAUGCGAAAAAAUUCGAAAAAGAUCCGAAAAAAUACAAUAGAAUCCGAAGAUAUUUCGAUAGGAUCGAAGACAAUCCGAAAGAAUCCGCGAGAAUACGAGAAUUCCAAAAAAUUCCGAAAAGAUCGUAGAGAAGUAGAAAGAAUCCGACCAAACUUUGAGAUGAGAAUCCGAAACCAAGAAACGGAGAAACCGCUAAAUAGAAAAACAAAAGCGAACGAAAGCGGAACAACGGAGAAACAGAGAAACGGUGAAACGGGUAAGCGCAGGAACAGAGAAAUGAAGAAACAGAAAAACAGAGAAACAGGAGAUACAGCAAAAAACGAUGAAACGUUGAAACGUCGGAACAAAGAAACAGGCGAACAGAGAAAGGAAGAUGAUAGAAAGAGGUAUAGAGAAAAACACAGGAACAGAAACAACGAAAUGGAGAAACAGAAAAAUAAAGAAGUAGGAAAAUCGAGAAAUGGGAAUCCGAAACCUGGGAAACGGAAAAACGAAAAAGUGCGAAAACGGGGAAACACUGAAACGGAGGAUCGGAGAAACGGAGAAACGUAG